GGUUUUGGGAGGGAGACAGGAGAGCGACCGUGCCCAGCACUCCAUAUAUGGCCAGUCUUGUCCGGCCAUUGUGGCCGUGACUGGAGGCGGCUGGCUGGAACAGAGGAGGCUGCGCUGGAGAGCUCGCUGAGUCACCGCGGGAGAGAGAGAGAGAGAGAGAGAGAGGAGCAGCUCGCCUGCCUCCCUCCGUCACCCGACAGGGUUCCGGUACUCACAUCGCCAUUGUCAGGAAGCUCUCUGCUGCGUCUGCUGACCCACGAAACUGGACCGUUCACACAAGUGGAACGUUGGAAGACACCAGCACUUCACUCAAGAGAACACGCGCAUCGGCCACUCUCGCGAGAGUUCUCUGCAUUUUCACGUCUAUGCGAAUAGAACAGCGCCUCCCCGCGGCAGGGAGGGGUCCGACAGCAACAGUGCUUUGUGAGUGAGGAGGGAUGUUGCUCUCCGGCAGAGGAAACCACCUUAUGCGAGGUGCAGGCAGUCAUUUUGGAGCAGCUUGGAGUGUUUAAGAAGAACCAGCGGCAGGCAGAGGAGCUUUCUGCAACCAUGAAGGCCACAGCAGGGGUCGGAGUGAGUCAGGUGGCCGUGGGAAAGCGGGAGCAGGAGAUUUGCCACAGCAGGACUCCCGCUUGGUUGAGCCAUGUUUAGUCACUGCUGGAAGAGAGUUUGAACAGCAGUGGUGAUGAUGCUGAUUCAAACCCUGACUCUCCAUCAAGACAAGUAUUGCCUCACCUAAAUACUAUAUGUCUAUAAUGGAUAGAAUGAUGUCAAAUAUGAAUUUGGUGGUUCAUGACUCAUCUACGUCUUGCUGCUUUGUGAAUAAAGCUCUCAUAUUUGAAUCAAAGUGUAUCUGUCCCGGCGGCCGACAAGACUUUAAGUCAUCAAUGACCCUGUCGCUCUUUAAUUCCUCUCUGCAGAGACUUGUCAUCAUCGCCAGAACAGAUUUACGUUCUGGACUUUGGUCCUUCAGUGUUUCUCCGCACCAGCAGAAGAAAAGAACGAGUCAACAGUUGGCCUUUGCUCCUGUUUUUCAACGUUAACCUUUUCCUCUGAGGACAUGAGUGUGCGUCCUGGCCAGGGCACAGAUGAGCUCCUGGUGUCACAGGCCGUGUGGGAUUACCUGGCUGCGGCAGGCAGGUCCCUCCUGGUGGAUUUCCAGCACAGGCAAGGCACCAGUGCGGGCAUCGUCAGGCGGGGCGAGCGCGGCGGCUGCUGUGCCGUCAGGCUGCAGCCUCUUCCUGGUUACAGAGACGCCGGUGGGGCCCGGCCGAGCGACGCGCCCGUCUCCAAUGAGACCCGCAAGGCCUUCAUUGAGUUGUGCUGCUCCGCUCGCAAAGAGAUGAGCAAGCUGGAGGGCACCCCCCGCAGGAAGCGGGCCUUGCUGCCCUGUGUGCUGGACUCCAGCAGCGAGGGAAGCGUGCUGCCGCCCGAUCCUGUGCCAGCCCGCCGCUCCCAGAGGCAGCUGCAGCGCUUCCGACCACCUGCGGACCAGGACGCCUGCUCUGUACUCCAAGACCACACCCCCGGGACGGAGGCGGAGUCCGCCGUCAGUCCACACGGCGAGGACGAUGGCGGUACGUGCUCCAUCUGCAUGGGAGACAUGGUGGAGAAGACCAUGCUGGAGCGCUGCGGCCACGCCUUCUGCCGCUGCUGCCUGGAACAGGCCUUCAAGGUCAAGAAGGCCUGCCCGGUGUGCCGGCUGGUCUACGGUCAGCUGAUCGGGAACCAGCCCAUAAAUGGAACCAUGAUGGUGGAGCGCGACCCGGACCUGGAGCUUCCUGGACACGAGGGGUUCGGCUGCAUUUGCAUCAUCUACAGCUUCCCCCCUGGCCUACAAGCGCCAGAACAUCCCAAUCCCGGAGUACGGUACCCGGGCACCGACCGAGUGGCUUACCUCCCUGAUAGCCCCGAGGGGAACCGCGUGCUGGGCUUGCUACGCCGGGCCUUCGAACAGCGCCUUAUCUUCACCAUCGGUACCUCCAUGACCACGGGCCUGCAGAACGUCAUCACCUGGAAUGACAUCCACCAUAAGACCUCAAUCUUCGGCGGCCCCCGCUGCUUCGGCUUCCCGGACCCCACCUACCUGGUGCGUGUGACGGAGGAGCUCAGGGAGAAGGGCAUCACGGCUGACUGAGCCCCGUAAAGUGCUUCCAGGACUGCAGAAGGACCUCCCAGUGAAGAGACGCUGGCCAAUGGAAGAGGACCCGGGGUGCAGCCACCACACCGUACAACUGCUUUCACUGGACUUUGCUUUUCCUCGAUUCUUUUUUUAUUGUCAAACUUCUGUUCAUCUCUAAGUCACAGUCAGCCCAGGACCUGAGGAGGAGGCCUCGGGCAGAAGUCCCUCACCCUUGACCCCCCUCCUCAGGGACUUUCUGCUGCCGGCGUGAUCACAUGAUGUCUCCCGCAUGUUGGUCGUCACAUGACCAGCGUCAACCAUGUGACCAGCAGUCAGAUAAAUGAAGAUGUCAAUCGUAAAAGGGCAAACGAACCAAACGUGAGGCACAAACGUUUCUCGUCGCUCGUGCAGACUGACGUCGACGUGCCUUGUUGAUUGUGACAGCGGCGACGUCUCGUCCCAGCGAGCCCGCUCGUGUGUGGCGAAGGCGACGCCAAGGCGGGAUUGUUGUCGACUUCUGUGCAAACUUUUCUAUGCAUUGUGGUGGGAUGUGGACUCGCUGGUGGGUUUCCUUUUCUAUCUGUGUCGACAAAAGUGUACUUUUAAUACUUGAAUAAAAGUUUAUGUUUGA